UUGGACACGCCCAAUGAAAUUUAAACAUCAGUACCUGCGCGUGAACAUUUUGUCACGUCGUAAGUUUCCAAACGGCGGCUGUUAAAGUCAUGUAGAACUACAAAGUCACGUUACAAAGCUAACAGACAGCAAGUAACUUUACAUGACGAUAAAAUAACGUUAGUUUCCCCACCCCGUAGCAUUUCAGUAAUAGUUUUAACAUCAUACUCAGGGCUCGUGAGCAUAAACGGUCAAAAUUGGCGGGAUGCGCGAGCGUUUUCCUUUCACUACCUCAGCUUUAAUAUCAGUCAGACUGUCAAUAAAUAAACUUCACGUUCAACGAAGCUGGAACUGAGGACGCUGAAUUAAAUGAAAUCCACUAAACAUGGAUGUCUUCACACAACUCUUCACCUCUAAACGUGGACCCCUGGCCAGGAUCUGGCUUGCAGCCCACUGGGAAAAGAAGAUAACCAAAGCCCAUGUGUUUGAAUGUAACCUAGAGGCGACCAUAGAGGAUAUUAUUUCUCCUCAGAUAAAGAUCGGGCUGCGGACUUCAGGUCACCUGCUCCUGGGUGUUGUGCGAAUCUACUCUAGGAAAGCCAAAUAUCUACUUGCAGAUUGCAGUGAUGCUGUGGUUAAAAUCAAAGUGGCUUUCCGACCAGGACAGUUGGAUCUACCUGAGGAAGGUUUGGAAGCCUUGGUUAAAGCCAUUACACUGCCUGAGGAUUUCACUGACUUUGAGUCACAGCUACCUGAUCUCAGCACUAUUGAUGUUGUAGAUCACUUCUCACUGAACCAGAGCCGCACAGAGGAAAUCACUAUGAAGGAAAACUUUGGAAACAGUUUUCUAGCCAUGGAUGACUUGGGAGAUGAAACCCAGUCUCAUCAGGGACUGUUUGACACAAGUUUCCAAAGUCUCGGUGCAAGCGGUGAUGCGUUUGGUGAUGAGGGCAUGACUUUUGAUCUUGUUGAUUUCAUAGCAAAUGCUAAUGAGAAUGCACUGCUCACUGAUUCCUGUGGUGAAUCACCAACUGAGGUCCCUGCAACACCCCCACCAACUGCUAUUAAUCCUACUGAUCCUUCCAUAGCUAAUUCAGAGGCCUUGCCAGAGACUCCCGCACUGAAUGAGACCACACUGCUGGAGAAUGCAGAGGAAGGCUUUGCCCUUGAACCUGUCGCUGUUACACCCUCUUCUGAGAGGAACAAAGGGAGACGGAAAAGGAAGCUGGUGGUAGACCAGUCAAAGGAGCUUUCUAAUGAAGCAAUCAAAGCCCAACUAGCUGACUACUCUGACCUCCUGACCCCACUUGACAUAGCUCCACCCACACGACAACUCAUGGACUGGAAGGAAAAUGGAGGCGUGGAUUAUCUGUUUUCACAUUUCUGCACACCUGUCAUGGACAGUAACUUGCAAAAGCUGUUCCCUAGAGAUGUGUUACCUGGGAAAAUGGGGCCAAUAAGAAAAGCCGGAGACGAAAGUGACCCCAAGGAGAUGAAAGAGCAGAUGAGAGAGGCUGAGAGUGAGAGCACCAGUGUGCCUAUGAUGGAUGAGAUGAGCUUACUGCAAGAGUCUGUGGCACCAAACCGGGCAGCAGAGGCAUCCAGCUUUAUCGACCCAUCUUUCAUACAUACAGAACCUUCAGAGUGCAAUGUUGGAAAUGAAAGCAGGUCGGAGGUGUCGCCUCCAGAGCCGCUGUCUGAGGAGUCAAUGCUGGUCCAUCCACCUGGAACUGACAGUGAAACUCUACAGAUGCGCACACACACACAGCACUCUGCCUUGGACAGCCAAAAUAUGGAGGAGAAGAAAAUGACUAGUCGAGCACAGAGUCUCCUCCAGGCUAUCAGAAAACUGAACAGCAGCCCCGACGCCACAUUCAGCCUUCAUGAACUGUGUAGGAAUUGCAGUCGAUCCAAAGCAGCCUGCGUGAUGUUCUGUCUGCUGGUGCUGAAGAAGCAGCAGGCCUUAGACUUGCACCAGAGUGCCCCCUUCAGUGACAUCAUCAUCACACCUGGUCCCCUUUUUCAGAAGCUUUAGGACAGAGUGAUUAAAGUAGAGCCACAGUUGCCACUUCAUUCACAUGAGCACUAGAUUUUAAGAGGCGACUUAAAGUGUCAGUUAAACAAUAUAAAGCAAAGUUCUUGCUGUUUUAAGAAAAGUGACUUAACUGUUUCACUCAAUGUUCUGCCAUCUAUUUUGGAGCUCUGACUUGCAG